CUGACGUGUCGCACCUCUUGCUCCGGAAGACUUUAUUUCAAUUUGCCUGUGCGGGCGAGAAGCGGCUCCAUUCGCUCCCAUUCAUUACGCUCCCCAGACCCGGAACGAUUUUGACGUGUGUGUAUGCAUGGCAAAGUGUGUUUCCGGUAUAACGUGUGUGUUGAUCGGUUCUCAGCCUUUUUCUCUUGGCUUUCAGUAGAACAGUCACUUCAAAGUCCCAGCUCCCUUACCUGGUCACCCCUUAACGGCGUUAUAUCUCAAACCGGUGGACAUGGCAUCUGUUUCGGCACCAGCUCAGACAGCCCCGGCUCCGGCUGCUCCUCUGCAAAGAGGAAUUGUGAAAAUGGUCUUGUCCGGCUGUGCCAUCAUUGUUCGGGGCCAGCCUCGAGGUGGCCCACCCCCGGAGCGUCAGAUCAAUCUCAGUAAUAUCCGAGCUGGGGCCAUGGCCCGCCGAGCUGCUCAGGGCCAGCCCGACACCAAGGACACCCCUGAUGAGCCGUGGGCCUUUCAAGCCAGAGAGUUCCUGCGGAAGAAGCUAAUCGGUAAAGAAGUGUGCUUCACUGUGGAAAUCAAGACUGCUUUGGGCAGGGAGUACGGCAUGGUCUACCUGGGGAGAGACACAACAGGCGAGAACAUUGCUGAGUCUUUGGUGAACGAGGGCCUUGCCACAGUCCGCAGGGAAGGAAUCAGGGGGAACAAUCCAGAGCAGGCCAGACUCUGUGAAUUGGAGGACCAGUCUAAGGCUUCCAAGAAGGGCUUGUGGAGUGAGGGUGGCGGUUCACACACCAUCCGUGACAUGAAGUACACCAUAGAGAAUCCCCGCAACUUCGUUGACUCCUUGCACCAGAAACCUAUCAACGCCAUCAUCGAGCACGUGCGUGACGGCAGUGUUGUUCGUGCCUUGCUGCUCCCCGACCACUACCUGGUCACUGUCAUGCUAUCUGGAGUUAAGUGUCCCACAUUCAAGCGGGAAGCAGAUGGUACAGAGACACCAGAGGCAUUUGCAGCAGAAGCCAAAUUCUUUACUGAAUCCCGUCUUCUGCAGAGAGACGUUCAGAUCAUCCUGGAGAGCUGCCCCAACCAGAUCAUACUGGGCACCAUCCUUCACCCAAAUGGCAACAUAACAGAGCUCCUGCUGAAGGAAGGGUUUGCCCGCUGUGUGGACUGGUCCAUGGCUGUUUACACCCAGGGAGCCGAGAAACUCAGAGCUGCUGAACGAUCUGCUAAAGAGCGCAAGGUCCGCAUCUGGAAGGAUUACGUGGCACCCACAGCCAACUUGGACCAGAAGGACAGGCAAUUUGUAGCCAAGGUGAUGCAGGUGGUCAACGCUGAUGCCAUGGUGGUUAAGCUCAACUCUGGAGAAAACAAGACCAUCCACCUGUCCAGCAUUCGGCCCCCCAGAAUUGAGGGAGAGGAGAAAAACAAGGACAAAGACAAACGUUUCCGUCCACUCUACGACAUCCCCUACAUGUUUGAGGCCCGUGAGUUCCUGAGGAAGAAGCUCAUCGGAAAAAAGGUCAAUGUGACAGUUGACUACAUCAGAGCAGCUACCGGUCCAGGAGAAGGCACCCCUGCCUUCGCAGAACGCACCUGUGCUACAGUUACAAUUGGUGGCAUUAACAUAGCGGAGGCUCUGGUCAGUAAAGGCCUGGCCACGGUCAUCAGAUACAGACAGGAUGACGACCAACGCUCCUCCCACUAUGACGAGCUGCUUGCCGCAGAGGCUCGGGCCAUCAAGAACGGGAAAGGGCUGCACAGCAAGAAGGAGGUUCCCAUCCACAGAGUGGCUGAUAUCUCUGGGGAGACACAGAAAGCCAAGCAGUUCUUGCCCUUCCUGCAGAGGGCUGGCAGGUCAGAAGCUGUGGUAGAAUACGUCUUCAGCGGCUCCCGCCUCAAGCUGUACAUGCCCAAAGAAACCUGCCUCAUCACAUUCCUCCUUGCCGGUAUUGAAUGUCCACGAAGUUCCAGGAAUAUGCCAGGAGGGAUGCAGGUGGCUGAACCCUUCAGUGACGAGGCUAUGCUGUUCACCAAAGAGCUGGUGCUGCAAAGGGAGGUGGAAGUUGAAGUGGAGAGCAUGGACAAAGCAGGGAACUUCAUUGGCUGGCUGCACAUUGAGGGUGUGAAUCUGUCAGUGGCGCUGGUAGAAAAUGCUCUGUCCAAGGUCCACUUUACAGCAGAGCGCAGCGCCUACUACAAAACCUUGGUCUCAGCAGAGGAAGCAUGCCGACAGAGGAAAGAGAAGAUAUGGGCCAAUUAUGAGGAGAAACCAGUUGAGGAGGUCGUGCACCUAUCAGAGGAGAAGGAACGAGUGCCCAACUACAGAGCAGUAUACGUCACUGAAAUCAGCGACACCCUGCACUUCUACACCCAGGACGUAGAGACAGGAGGCCAGUUGGAGAGUCUGAUGGAGACCAUGAGAGCAGAGAUCGCCGCCCAGCCGCCAGUGGAAGGAUCCUACGUUGCACGCCGAGGGGACUACUGCAUAGCCAAGUUUGCUGAUGACGAAUGGUACAGAGCCAGAGUGGAGAAAGUUGAGUCACCGGCAAAGGUUCAUGUCUUCUACAUUGACUACGGCAAUAGAGAAGUUGUGUCGUCCACUCGUCUGGCUGCCAUUCCCCCUGCCUUCAGCACCAGGACCCUGCCAGCACAGGCCACCGAGUAUGCCUUUGCCUUCAUCCAGAUCCCACAGGACGAGGAUGCCCGUGCGGACGUGGUGGACUGCAUUGUGCGAGACAUCCAGAACACCCAGUGCCUGUUGAAUGUGGAGUAUUCGGGUGCUACCUGCCCACUUGUCACAAUACAGUUUGGGGACACCAAAGACGAUGUGGGCCUCGGCCUGGUCAAGGAGGGCUUGGUCAUGGUGGACGUCCGCAAGGAGAAGCACCUGCAGAAGAUGGUGACAGAGUACCUGAACAGUCAAGAAUCUGCCAAGAGUGCCAGGCUCAACAUUUGGCGCUACGGAGACUUCCGUGCAGAUGAUGCCGAUGAGUUUGGUUACAGACGUUAAAAAAGAGAAAGAAAACCACAAAACCGACCAUCCAAUCAACACCAUUCCAAGCGUGGACAGCAAUGAUGCAUUGGACAGAAGACAAAGUAAAUAAAUGACGAAAAACUAAACGACAAGCUUCCUUUUUAUUUGACAUUUCAUCCCUCCGGUCCUGACUUCUCUUAUGCUUAUACCUUUUUCUUCAGCUAGCCCCUGUAGCUCCAAAUAGAGCAUGCUAGCAAUGCUAAAAGAAAAAAAUUAUCAUGUAAGAAUCACUUUCCAUUCAUCCUUCAUUUUCCUAAUGGGCCACUGCCAGCUCAAGCAGCCUGCACUAUUGCCAAUCUGUGUUAUUUGCCAUGUUACCUUUUCAGCAGACUUCCUGGGUGAAUGAUAAUAAUACUUGCGUAUGUGUUUCAGCCAAUUAUGCUCUUUGCUCUCUGAUGCUCUAGCCCAUUCCCUGCUUUCGAAGGGACUGGGUGUUUGGGGGAGACACUUGAUUUUUGCAAACAAAUGCUUCCCUAAUAAAUUUCAUGUAAAUGUGAGGAUAUGUUGAAAAGUGUAAAUGGAUUUAUUUUAGAGACUGUAGGUGGAGCCACACAGACAAAAAAAAAAGGAUGAGUUUAUAUUUGUCUUCAAUGUAUAUCUGUGUGAUGAUGACAUUUGCAGAUGUUUUUGUGGGGAGUGUUUUGUCAUUUAUUCACUAUGUCACACUUUUAUGACCAGUAAAAAUGGAUGCCAUCAUGUGGCAUUUUAUCGUCUCUCUAUCUCCUUCUGUAAAGUUUACAUUCUAAUAAUGGUUAUGAUCCUGUCUUGGGCAGUCUCUUCUCUUUCUGUCUCUGUAUGCCAUAGCAGAAACAGUGUUUGAAUUUGUUUCCACAUAAUGGACCUUUGCAUUCUAUUAAAAAUCUGCUGAAUAAAAAUAAGCAAAGUGAAA